AUGGGAGAUUACAUCAGUAGAGAAGGUCUAUCAGAUGAAGAACAAGAUGAUGAUGAUGUUGUGUUCUUUGCAAUAUUGGCAACCUCAAUUAAUCCGGUGUACUUUGAAGAUUCUGUAAAAAGUGCACCAUGGAGAGCUGCAAUGGAUGCUGAGAUUAUUAUGGGAGGUGAAGAUAAAAUUCGUAUCGCCUGUAUCUAUGUUGAUGAUCUCAUAUUCACUGACUGUCCUACAGAACUUCAUCACAAUGUAGCAAAAAGAGCAUUACGAUACUUGAAAGGGACGUAUGAUUAUGGUAUUCUCUACACAAAAAAAGGAGGAGAUAUAAAACUUGAAAGCUACACAGAUAGUGACUAUGCUAGUGAUUUGGACGAUCGUAAGAGUACAUCAAGAUAUAUUUUUCAGCUGUGUUCUGAUGUUGUGUCUUGGCUAUCAAAGAUGUAG